AUGUCCUGCAGCGUAAACAAAGGUGCAAUCAUCGACUGGCUGACUGCGAUCCAACCUACGAUCGAUUCACCUAUCCACACCACCACCGUCGAACACAACAGUCAUUCCAGCUGUGACCGACCCUGGAAGCGGAUUCGAACAACGAAGGGAGACGAACCGGCGACCCCUCUUAUCUCGCCCCCAAACUCUGUGGCCCAGGAUACCGCCAACAUGUCGCAGCGGGAGAAACGAUCGCGCGACGAGUCCGGGAUGGAAGACAACAUGGACGGGGAAGCGUUGGGAACCAACGAUGGACAAGUCGACGAAUUUGCGACCCCUAGAGCGGAUCGCACAGCCGCCAGACUGGCCAAUCUCUCUCACGCCUCGUCCCAGUCGUCCAUCCAGUCGACGUCGACAAAGUCCCGUACAUCAUCCCCGAGGAAACAGAUGCGCGCAGCCGAGCGGGCGUCAACCGGUUUCGUCCACGAAAAGUUCUCCCUCAACCGAGACACUUUGCCUCCUUCACUCUCUUCCCUCCUCGAAGAACUCAAGGACAUCAACUCGAGCGUGGGCAUUCUCCCGCAAGAAGCACGGGACGAGGUGAGUGCACUUCGUCACGCUGGAAACACAUGCAUCUUCUCUCCACCAGAGCAAUACGCCUUCGCCGAACGCCCAACUUUGGUUCGCUAUCCCGAACCCGGCUUCGUGAGCAAGGUGCUCAACCGUGCGGCCGCCUGCGACCUUGAGCGGGAAGGCGAAUGCUCUUGGAACGUCGAAGUUCAUCAUCCAAUCCUCUCGUGGGUCUGCCGUCCUGAUGAUGUCGUGGGAUUGGUAGAUUUUCGAUACUGUACUUCUGCCACUGUACUUGCAAAGCAUCAACCCAAGGGCAUGCCGUCGAAGAUGGUCGAUUUUUGCAUGAUGGUACGUCCACCACGAGGGUCCCUCGAAGACCAAACCAUUGACGCUGUCACCGACUCGCGCCCGGGAGGCUCCAUCAACCACACCGACUGGGGAUGCUUUACACGCAACCCCAUUACCCUCUCCAUCGAGACGAAAUCCACCAGCGAGGAGCAGGGCAGGGCAAUACUCCAGAUGGGCAUAUGGCACGCUUGCCAGUGGCGCAACAUCAGGGAACUGGGCCAGGGCUGCGUCCCUCCGGGUCUUGAGUUCCUCCCGGGGCUCCUCAUCCUUGGGCAUGAAUGGUUCUUUGUGGCUAGCGUACCGGGUCCGUUGGGCCAGUCUGUCUUGUAUUCCAAGCAGGCCAUUGGGACGACGGAGAGCGAGGCCGGGAUAUACAGCAUCCUGGCUGCGCUGGAAGUGUUGCGAGCCUGGUCUGCCGACCAUUUUUGGCCGGCCUUCAAAGGGAAAGUUUUGGGUCUCUCAUGA